AGAGCGAAACAGAUACAUGAAACGUUUCUAUCUUCCGACGUUUCCAAUUUUGCAAAUGACAUCUUGUGAAAAUUGCAAAAUUGUCCCCUUUGUCUCCCUUCUUUCCUAGUUUCCUUCCCUUUCACUCAAAGAUGUUCUUCCGAAACAAACAAGAACCAUCCUGAAUUAGAGGAAAACGAUCCAUUCCCAGGUGGGUGAGAUCUAAAGCCAACCCCCUCUUCACAAUUUGGCUAUCGUUCUAAAUUUCACACUCGUUUGAGAACCACGGGUUGAUUUCAAUGGUGAUAGGCGAAGUGGGGAUUUGAUUGCGUUGCUUGCAUCUGAUGUUCGGAGGUCAAGUGGCACUGCCUGGCAAUAGUCCGCAUUUGAGGAAGUCUGGUAGCCGACCUGUUGUCUUUGAUCUUGGUGGGGAGCAGGGGAAUGGUGCAGAAGAAGGGUUCUCGCAUUCAACAGAGGCCGAUAACUCAAAAAGCCUUCCAAUGUCACUUAGUGCUGCAGCUGCCAUAAUGCCAUCUCCAAUACUGUUGUGGAGAUUUAAGGUGCUUCUGUUCUUCCUAUGGGGUUUCUUUUGUUGUAAGAUUGGAUGGGGUUCUGUUAUGAGAAUGAGUGCAAAUUUGAGGGACCUUUUUCUCUAUGAGGUUUUCUUGUAUUACAACCCUCUUCUUCUUGUGGUAAUGGACUUUUGUGUCUGGUGUUUACUUGCACACCCCUUUUCCCUUUUCUACUUGGUACUUAAUCUAUAUUUGUUAUUGCAGACAUUUGCAGUUUGGCUUUGGGGGGCUAAUUUGUGGGUCUUUUCCCAGUCAACUGUUAGUUAUGCUAAGAUUUUUGAUCUUGACCAAAACCAUCUCAAUCACAGAGAAAUAUGGAAGGUUGCCAUGUGGAUGACAAUAAUUGUCCCAAGUAGCAUGACGGCCUAUCUGUAUCUCUAUUCUCAUGGAGAAGUGUCUUUGGCGGCAUCUCAACCAGUGUAAUAGAAGCUCCUUUUAAUUACUUAUCAAUCAAUGUUUGGGUUUAGCGGGUUUGGUCUCUAUGUCAUCGACUCUAGUUGCAUCGCGUGAAGUCGUGAACUUCUACAGCAUAUUGGCCUGUGGCUUCUUCUGAGAGUGAAGCUGCUAAGAUUAAGGAUAUACCUGAUGCUUAGUUUUCUAGGAAUGCAGAAACCAUUGUGUUUUCUUUAAGAGUUACUGAGGUGAUGAUAUUGAUUGGUAUCUCGACUCUUAAGGUCCACUCAAUUUGGAAUGAAUUAUGAUAGGUGGGCGGUAAGCAUGUGUAAGGGUCUGUGUAUCUGUAUAUGUGGCCGAUGGUUUGUUACUCUCUACGAUUGAAUAUAGCGACCUUUUGGCCUUUAUGAGUAAUAAGUACAUGAUUAUGUGACUAUAAUAUAGGAUUUUCUUUUCCGCAAUUGUUUGCUGGUAUAAUAUUGUUGCAUUAAUACCAGAGCUGAAACAGUAAUUGGAACUGUCAGAGACAUGGAAGUGGUGAGAGUAUUCACUUCAAAAUGAAUUGCAUAAAGCAUAUGUAAGUGUGUAAAAGCAAGCUGUUGUCCAAGGAUGAAUGUUGGCCAAUAGUUUUGACAUGCUACCUGCAGCAUCCACAAUGUAGCUUGCUGUUAACUCUUUAAUGAGUAUCCAUUUGGCAUGAGUUCGGAAAGGAAAGUAUAGUUUUGAACGUCUGACUAAGAGUACUAAUUUACUCCUCCCUGUACUGCAGGUUCUGCUCUAUUGUGCUGUUGCAAUGCUUUUGAUAUUCCCCUUCGAUAUAUUCUACUUGUCAUCGCGCUACUUCUUGUUGAGGACCCUUUGGCGGAUAGUUUUCCCUCUACAGGUAAGUAGCCAUUUAACUGUGGUGCUGUAUCGCUGCAUUGCUUUCAUAGUUUUGUCAUAUUGCUGAAUGUCCUUUGCAUAUACAUCUUGUGGCAACAGCUGUAGGCCUUGUUUGUACUUGUCUUCUAAGAGGAGCCAGGCCCGACACCAGAUUUGGACUGUUAAUCUCUUCCUUGCCUAUAAUGUGAAGAGUUUAUGGUGAUGCUAGUCGUGCUUUAUGGUUUUAUUUUUCUGUUGCAGGCAAUCACAUUUGCUGACUUCUUCUUGGCUGAUAUCUUAACCUCUAUGUCCAAGGUCUUUUCUGAUCUGGAGCGUUCAGUUUGUCGAAUGGUUCACCGACAGGUUGCAACAAUUGCAUGGUUUGAAGCAGACUCUAUUUGUGGUAGCCACUCUGUUGCAAUCCCUUUGGUUCUUGUUCUACCUUAUCUAUUUCGGCUAUUCCAGUGUCUUCGACAAUAUAAGGAUACAAGGGAAAGAACAUCUCUUUUUAAUGCCUUGAAGUAUUCAACUGCAGUUCCAGUCAUUUUCUUAUCGGCACUGAAGUAUCAUGUCUUCCCUGAGAGGUGGACAAACUUCUAUCGUCCUCUCUGGCUUGUUUCAAGUAUGGUGAACUCCUUAUAUUCCUUCUAUUGGGAUGUCACCCGGGAUUGGGACUUGAGUGGCUUUACUCGGAUUUUCAAAUUCAACAGACCGAGUGUCUGGUCAUACAUAUUGCAUGGAAGGAAAUGGGUUUACUUUUGGGUCAUCGGGAGCAAUUUGAUUCUGCGAUGCACAUGGACGUACAAGCUCUCAGCUCAUCUACGGCACAACUACCUGACUGUUUUUGCGAUAACUGCCUUGGAGAUUUUCAGGCGUUUUCAGUGGGUGUUUUUCCGGGUUGAGAAUGAAUGGAACAAGAUGAAUGCCAAGUCAAGCACUCAGAUAUCAAUGAGUGAGAUGUCAGCAGAGGAAGAGAAGUUAAAACUGCUUGUUUCUAGUGAUCAUAACGUAUAGACACAGUUAUCCGAGCUCUGUUGAACAUGAUCCUCCAUAUACCCUUUUUGGUGGCAGCUUCGAUACAUGUAAUUCUCUUAUUGCUUCAGUUGUGAUGUUAAUAGAAGGGAUAGGAUGUCAAACUCGAAAGGGAAUAGUAGAUAUAUACAAGUUUACUGAUGUUAUUGAUACUACUAUCCUCAGCAUUUCAUAUUUGAAGGCCAGUCAAUUUCCCAUUCUUGGUUGAUAUAAGCAUCUGUCAACAGUUUUUGGUGGAAGCACCCUUUUAUUGAAUUUCUGCAGGUUUUAGAGUGAACAUACGUCCGUAUAUUUGGGGUGAAGCUGUUUUACUGUUAGGGGCAACUGGCAAGGGGGAAAUGAACUGGUAUAAAAUUAUGAUUCAAUCUGUGCUCAGAAAUUGUG